CACUAUUCGAUAACAAACUCCAUAGUACCAGUACUGGUACGGUACUCCGGAGCACCGGAUCGUUCUCCCGGCGUAUCUCGGCCGUCUCGUCGGCCUUCGAGUAUCAUAUCUCCUCUCUUUUCUUUAUACAAGAGUGAAAGAGAGAGAAAAGAAAAAAAAAAAGAAAAAGAAAAAGAGAAAGAAAUCAAGAAGAAAAAAGAGAAAGGAAGAAAGAGAGAGAAGGAGAAAAAAAGUCUACGCCGUUUCUAUCGCUUGAGAGAAGCUCUCUUCCUCGAGCAAUAUAACUAUCGGUUUCGAUCACGAAAAGUAAACGUUACUCUUCUCUUUUUUUCCCUCCGAAAGUCCCUCCGACCACCCACAACCCGGUCGACUAGUAAUCCUCAAUCCACAUUCGACCCCAAUAUCACUCGAUCUUAUUCUUCUUUUCUAUCUUUCUUUUUCUUUUUCUCUUACUAUCACUCUCACUCUCUCUCUCUCUCUCUCUCUCUCUCUCUCUCUCUCUCUCUCACGUUCUUUCUUUCUUUCUUUUUUUCCCUGUUUCUCUUUGCAGUUAAAAUUGUCCAUCUGUCUGUCUCUCAGUUUUUCAAUUCGUUCGUUUGUUUCUAUUUUCCUCUUACACUCUCCUCCCCCCAACCCCCUCAUUCCUUUCCUUUUUCUUUUUUCCUUUUUAAUUCUCAUUUUCAUUUUCAUUUGCAUUUGCAUUUGCACUUGCAUUUUUUUCCUUUUAUCUUCGUAUCACGGUUAUACGGGUGUUCUCGUUAUAUUUUUCGCCGUCGUGACAACUAAUGUCAUUACAUUAAUUGUUUUCCCAUAUAUUUUAAUAACUUUUGUUUCGUAUGAUGUUUCAAAUUAGAAAAUAAUUUUAUUAUAAAAUGGGAAAAAAGUGUGUGUGAGAAUAAAAGUCCAGUGUCUUUGAACUUUCCGUAAACUCUCGUGGUAAGUCGGCGGGGAGGAAGAGGGGGUGGGGUGGGUAGUGUUGAAGGCAUCUCGAGUUUCAUCGCGUUUCACCUCUGUCUCUUUGUUUUUCUUUUUUUAACCAGACGCAUAUACACACACACACACACACAUACUCUCUCUCUCUCUCUCUCUCUCUUUCUCUCUCUCUCUGUCUCUUUUUCUCUAUUCAUCCAUUGAAUCCCAUCAUCUCUCCUUUCUUCUUCUUAUCGUGCAACGAAAAAAUUUUUGUUUUUCUCGUGUCGAGCAACCGGCAGCCCCAUUGCUUUCCAGUGCAUAACUUGUUGCUCAUACGUAAGCAGUGAUCCGAAACGUUUUGUCGAUUUCAACCCGCAGAAUGUGAAGAAAGAAAGAAGGAGAGGGGAAGAAAGAAUAAGAAGAAGAAGAAGAAGAAGAAGAAGAAGAAGAAAAAGACACGAAGAAGAGAAGAAGGAAGAGAAGUAGGAAAAAGUGGAGAAGGAGUGAAAAGAAGAAACCGGAAAAAAGUUUGUUUCUUUUGAUUUGAAAUUACAUAAGGAAAAUGGGCACUUUGGGUUGUUGUCAAUGACGAAUCUCUUCUUUUCUUCUUUCUUUCGAAACUUUAAGAGGAUGCAUUUGAAUUGAGGAGAAAAUAUCCCCUCUUCGAAAGGAAACCAAAAGGAUUUUCUCACAUUGGGCUCUGUUCGUCUAUCUUAUUACCCGCAGCUUAGAGUGCGGUAUAAAGGAUUCCUUGGAUUAUGAAAAACGUCUAAUAGAAAGAUGGAAGCUACGAAUUCUAUUGAUUUGAACGACUCGACGAAUUUCUAUAACGAAUCGGUGACAAUAGCUCGUUGAUACCAGUGAAAUUAAAUAUUCGAAUAAGACUGGCUUUAAGUCAAGAUCGGAUUGAUUACCGAUAAGCUGAUCAUGACGCGUAUCGCGAAAAGAUGAUGACCAGCGGUCGUUGAAGACCGCUAGAAAACCAGAUCUAUAGUUAUCUCAGAAUGGAGGAAAACGUUAGUAUCGCAACGAAUGCGACGGUGGAAAAUUUCGAUUUUGCCGAUCCAUGGGUCAUCCUGAGGGCUGUCAUAUUGGCUCUUUUGAUCCUCGUCACUAUCAUAGGGAAUUCGUUCGUAAUAGCGGUGAUCCUAGUGGAACGAAGCCUACAAUCCGUAGCAAAUUAUUUAAUCGUGAGUUUGGCCGUCGCCGACCUUAUGGUUGCCUGCCUCGCCAUGCCACUCGGGGCUGUUUACGAGAUAAACUCGAGAUGGUCUCUCGGGCCGGAACUCUGCGACAUAUGGACGAGCAGCGACGUCCUUUGCUGUACGGCAUCGAUAUUGCAUCUGGUGGCUAUCGCGGUCGACAGAUAUUGGGCCGUCACCGAUCUCAAUUAUAUACAGGGAAGGAGUCCAAAGAAAAUCGGUUUCCUGAUUGCCAUGGUUUGGAUUGUUUCUUUGGGAAUUUCAUUGGCACCCCAAUUUGGUUGGAAAGAUCCAAAUUACUUGGAACGUAUAGCAGACGGUGAAUGUCUCGUUUCUCAAGAUCCAGCGUAUCAGAUUAUCGCAACAUGCGCAACAUUUUAUCUACCCUGUCUGCUUAUUCUCUUUCUUUACUGGAGGAUAUUUCAAACAGCUCGGAAACGUAUUAGAAAGAGACCAGGAACGAUCGUUCAACCCUCUCGCGAAAGAAGAGGUAUCCUACGGCUGGUAACGAGAAGGCAAAGGGAGGAAUCAACAGCGUUCACUAUAACACGUUCAACCCCGGAUCAUUCGUCGAUUUCACCGGAAAAGUCGUCGUCGUAUAACGACGGAAACGUAGCGCAAUCAGCGGUCGUGAACGUUACGCCGGUAACGACGAGCACUACAGCAAACUCGUCAAAUUCUACGGGUCAGACAACGAGCUCGACAACAGCAACAACAACGGCAACAACAGGAGCAACAACAACGGCAACAACGGCAGGAGUAACAACAACGACGACAACGACACCGGCGACAACAACGAUGACGACGUCAACGAGUAGGCCAAGUUCAGCGUCUACGUCGACGACGGUACGUCAGGCGACAUCGACGAAGAGAAGUCGUGAAACGAUAGAAUCUAAACGUGAAAAGAAAGCAGCCAAGACAUUGGCAAUCAUCACCGGUGCCUUCGUCGCCUGUUGGCUACCAUUCUUUGUUCUCACGCUUCUACGUGUCAUCUGUUAUUGGUGCCAAAUACCCGACGUAGUAUACAAUGUCUUCCUCUGGCUUGGCUAUUUCAACAGUACCCUCAAUCCUGUCAUCUACACCAUCUUCUCACCCGAAUUCAGGCAAGGUUUCAAGAGAAUGCUUUGUGGUAGUUCGAGAGUGACCCGCUGACAUUGGAUUUAAUUUCCUUUCCCUUAAUAUCAUUAUUAACGAUAAUUAAAACCAUUACAAUCACUACCACAAUCAUCCACGACAACACCAACGACACCAUUGGUACUAUCCUCCCUGAAAGGAGGAAGCUUUAGUCUCUUCUUUCUCUGUUUUUUCUUUCUCUCUCCCUCUCUCUCUCUCUCCCUCUCUCUUCCUCUCUUUCUCGUUCACGCAUAUGCCUGUGAAAGAAUAAUAGCAGAUAUAAAACUUUCAUAUUUUUUCAAUUUUUUAUUCCUUUCGAAGUGUCUUUUCAAUCAGAAUUUCUUAAUCGCAAACGUUUAACAAUUUUCUUUAUUAAUUUAAUCAUAUUAAAAUGUAAGAAUUCAAGAAAAAAAAAAAUAACAAAAUUUAUCAAGAUAUAUCAGCUAUUAUCUCCUCUCUGUCUCUCUCUCUCUCUCUCUCUCUCUUUUUCACUCUCUCUCUCUCUCUCUAUCUCUCUCUAUCUCUGUGUCUCUCUCGUUUAGAUUUAUUCAUAGAACGCAAGAUAAACACGUGCACGCCUUCACUUUUUCUUCCUUCUUCCUCUCUGCCUUAUCAAUAGUAAAUAGCUAUGUAUUGUAUCUCGUGUAUAUAAAAAAUAUAUACAUAUGUUCUAGGAUAAAAGUCAAAUUUGAAUCAUGGGCCAAAAACCAUGAGAUCGUGAAUAAACAUACAUAUAUAAAUACAUACGUAUAUAUAUACAUACAUACAUACAUACAUACAUACAUACAUACACAUAUGCAUACAUGCACAACAACAUUUUCUUCUCGCGAAUGUAAUAACAUAUAUAGGUACAUACAUACACGUGUAAUUAAACUUACAUAUGAGAUCACGUGUUUUGUCGUGGUCAACAUUGUCCAUUUUUUUCCUUCUUUUUUUUUUUUUGUUGUUGUGGCGAACGAUUUACCUUUUAGCCAUUCCAACUCUCGGCUGUAUCGACAAUUAGUAGUGGCAUCUCUACUGAUCUGAAUCGUUCGACCGAGAGAACGAAAAAAAAAAAAAAAAGAAAAUAGAUAGAGAGAAAAAAGAGAGAGAGAAAGAGAGAGAGAGAGAGAGAGAGAGAAAAGAAGAAGAGAGAUAGGGACCGUAAUUUGUGUGCAUGCGAAAGAGAGAGAGAGAGAGAAAGAGAAAGAAAGAGAAAGAAAAAGAAAUUGAGAAAGAAACGUUUUGCAAUUACUCACGUCUUUAAAACGCAUUAGAAUGGCUUUUAAAGCAUCACUUUUAAAAGUACAUACUGUUUAAAAUGGCUAUAUCUCUACACAAUAUUUAUCUAUCCUUUAUUCCACCUUGUAACAUACGUCUUUAUAGAAACAAACACACACACACACACACACGACAGCCUUACAAAAACAGACACACAGAUGCACGCAAGCACACACACACACGUACGUACAAAUAUUAGAGCAUAAUGAGAAGAAAACGAGGAACUACGAGGAACUAAUGAAUUCUAAUUGUAAAAGAUGGUGAAAGAGAGAGAGAGAGAGAGAGAGAGAGAGAGAGAGAGAGAGAAAGAGAGAGAAGGAGAUAGAUAGAUAGAUAGAUGGAGAGAGAAAGAGAAAUUUGUCAACUUCAAAUUUGCUUACGAGUAUAUUACGACCGAUCGUGAGAGGAAAGACUAAAACUUAUUGUUAGCAUGAGAAAGAGAUAGAUAGAGAUAGAUAGAUAGAUAAAGAGAGAGAGAGAGAGAGAGAGAGAAAGAAGAUCAAAUUUGAAUUCUCUGUAUUUGUGAUAAAUUUACGGGGAAGAACUCCCAUAGAGUUCAAGGAUGCUCAAUUCGUUUGAAACCUCCUUUUCUAUAACUUAGUUUGAUUCUUCUCGUUGUAAAGUCGAGUGUAUGUGUCUCGAAAAGUGAAUUUUGCGAGAAGAAAUGUGAAGAUCAAACGAAUUUCAUUCACUCUACGAACAAUGGAAUAAAUAGGAGAUCGAUCUUUUUUUACCCCUCCAAUCUCUUUCGUUUCUUCCUUUUUUUACUUCUUUCUUCUUUUUUUUCUUUCUUUUCCUUUUCGAUUUGUCUAAAAAUAUUACGAUCUUUUUUUAACAGAUUAAUUGGACGAGAAGGAUUUUUUUUUCUUUUUCUUUUUCUUUUUUUUUUUUCUUUUUUUUUUCUUUUUAAUAAAACCAUGCUAAUAUUUAUUUACUUUCUUUUUUCUCUUUGUUUUAUUUCUAAAUAUUCCGCAUGUUUUUAAUUAAAUAUUUCAAUUCCAUUUGAAAGAAAUUUUUAUUCCUUCGAAAUUAGAUCGCGUAUGUAUCGCAAGUACUUACAUACGAUUUUAUUAUUACAUAUGAAUGAAAUAAAUAAAGUUAAUUAAUGAACGUACAUUGGUUACACUUUUAAGAAAUUUUUUUUCUCGACGUUCGAAAAAAUUUAUUAAAAAAGUUCACAAUAUUGUAAAUCUCUUAUCAAAAAGUCUCCGGAUGUCUAAUAUUUCUUUUCUCUCCACUUUUCUCCUGUGUUUAUCCUCGAGCGAUCACCAUGUUUCGACGUUAAUAAUAAUGGAUUAUUAUUAUUAAUGCGAAAUUUCAAGGGUAAAAAAAAAAACGAAAAAAAAAAGAAAAAAGAAAAAAGAAAAAAUGAAAAAGAGAAAAAAAGGAAAUAAAAAUUUGAAGACGAAAUAAAAUAAGAUGCGAUACGUAUGUCUCGUCUCUGUAAGAUAGGACAUACAAGUGGAAGAAGGUAUGUAAUAAGACUUGUUUCAAGCUAAAUGAAAAAUAUUAGAGAGAAGAUAAAGGGCAAAGGUCAUUAGAAUUAGAUAACGGGGGGGAGGGAGGGGGGGAUAUCUUUCUUCAAAGCUUUUAAAUAAAGAUAAUCAUUUCUUUCGUACUGACAUGCCUCUUCUCUCUCUUUUUCUUUUUUUCCAUUUUGUUUUCUUUUUAUUCUAUUUCUUCUUUUUUUCUUUUUUUUCUUUCUUUUAUUUUCUACGAUAAAAUUCGCAAUUUAUUUCGAAAAGACGCCCUUUUUUUUCCCCCGAUUCAUCAUCAUUCCUAUCGUGUUAAUAUUUAUCUCUUUCACAGUCCGUACCUUUCUCUUUUGUCUUUGAGCUUUCGCAAUAGUAGAAAUAACAUAGAAGCAAUGUAAUAGACCAAUGUAAAAAAAAAAAGAAAUGAUAUAGAUUCAAUACAAUCCGCAAAAAUAUCGACAUUUUUCUAUUCGAUGACAGAAUAGAUCGCUAAAGUUUGAUUAACGAGUCGGUAUAAUUGUAUGUUCGAACAUUAAAUGUUUCUUUUUUUCACGAUAUCUCUCUCUCUCUCUCUCUCUCUCUCUCUCUAUAUAUAUAUAUAUAUAUAUAUAUAUAUAUAUAUAUAUAUAUAUAUAUAUUUAUUUUAUCUCUAACAUGAUCGAUCGUGUAUAUCCAUUCAUCCAUGAUCGUGAAUGAUUUUUUAUUAAACGAUUUAUACUUCGUCAUGUCGUGUAAUCUUUCUCGUUUAUUUUAUAUUUUUGAUAAAAGCAAAGAAAAAGAGAUAAAAAAAAAAAAAGAAAAAAAAGAAAUCCUGGAAAUGGAUUUAUAUAAAAAUUCAAGAACUUUUUCUAUAUGGAAAGUAACGGCGGGGUGGGAUGGGGCGUUGGGGUGCGAGGGAGGAUAGGGAAAAUAACAAUCAUUCGUAAGAUAAUUCCAGUUUUAUGCAUAUGCGUAUGCAAUCGCAAAUUUUAUUCUUCUUUCAUGUAACAUUAUCACAACGAAUAACGGGACGAGGAUGAAAUUGCGAAGUUUCGAAUGGAAAUCAGACAUAUUGCGACGCUUGUAUUUUCGUCAGAACGAAGACAAAAGCAAUUGUUCCGUGGAAAUACGGGUAUAGCACGCAAAUUGCAUACGAAGUGUAAUUUAACGAAAUCAUAGUCAAACAAGCGGGCAAACAGAGAACCAUAAUAUUGCAUCGCAUUUAGCCUUAUCAGACAUAUUCGCUGGUAAGGAAAGGAGCUUUGGAUAUUUCGUGCGAAGAACUUGUGCUUAAUACUUGUCACGUGUAAAGACACGUGAAAGAUUAAAAAAAAAGAAAACACACACACAGAAAAAAAAAAAAAAGAAAAGAGGAAAAAGAGAAGAAGAGGGAAAAGGAAAAAAAGAAAAUAUUUAUAAAAAGAUUUUUGUGAACUAUGUGUGUGUGUGUGUGCUUAUGUCUCUCUGUGUACGUGUGCGUGUACGUGUGUGUGUGUGUGUGUGUGUGUGCAUGUACAUUUAAAUCUUUUCGUAUAAACGAAAGACGAAUUUUAGCGAGAGCGUCACGUAGAUCGAAUUGUUAUAUCGUUAUACGUGUCGUUAUUUCUUUUUUUUUUUUUUUGAUAUUUUCCUUUUUAGAUUUUUCUUUCUUUUUUCCUUUUUUAUUUUUUUCUUUUUUCCUUUUUUUCUUCUUCUUUUCUUUUUUUUUUUUUCUUUUUUUUCUACCAAAGUUAUAGACUCGUUAAGUCGAAAAUAAAAAGAAAAGCAAAUGACAAAGACGUGCCGUACGUUGUACCUUAGCCAAUUUGUCUCUACGCUCGACCGAAUCUUUUCAAAUACAACACAUGGAAAUGUCUUAUUCGAUCUCGUCGUUUCCCAUUAGAAAUGUUCAAUGCCACUCUAUUUCUACGUCAUACUUUCAAAUUGAAUGAGAUUUGUAAUGAAAUUUGUUGUUCGCACUUUGAAAAAUAUUUUGAACGAUAUCAAAAUAUUAAAUAAUAUUACGAAUACGACAGACAGACUCGAUGGGAUGAUUUUGUUACAAUUGAUUGAGUCAAUGUUUCGCCAUAGUUGAAUGCUCAAAAGGGAGAAAACAAAAAAAAGAAAAAUAAGAAAAGAAAAAAAAAAAAAAAGAGAAAAAAGGAAAAGGAAAAAAAGAAAAAAAAAACAGAAGAAAACACAUGUUAUAAACAUUUAGAAAAUGUCGUAAUGUCAGAAAGAGAGAGAGAAAGAGAGAGAUAGAGAGAUUUCGAAGAAAGUCAAAUAAAAAAGUUCUGUAUAACUAAUGCAUUUCGUGAUUAGCUAAUUGCAUAAGACACUCCCCAUCAGUUGUGCCUAACAAGGAAAUAAGCAAAACGUCUGAUAAUCCUGUUACAUAGCUCGUUCUUAGAAAGAAAAAGAGAGAGAGAGAGAGAGAGAGACAACGAUCUUUCCGCAUUAAUAAUCACGUUAAUUUCGUCUUUCACGAUACCUUAUACCUCAUUUAUCAUUCUUCUAAUCGAGCAUCGAAACACGAAUGUUUGCCGUUCAAACAUUUCCAAAACUUUCAAUUACGUAUAUCACUCUUAAUCUCUCUCUCUCUCUCUCUCUCUCUCUCUCUCUCUCUCUCUCUUUCUCUUUCUUUCUGUUUCUUUCUUUCUUUCCUUCUUUCUUUCUUUCUUUCUUCUUCUACUUCUACAUCAACGACUGAUAAAAAAAUAACAGGUAGAUAGAGAUAAAAAGAAAAAGAGAGAGAGAGAGAGAGAGAGAGAGAGAGAGAUGCAUAUAAAUAUGAAAAAACUCGAUGUAUCCCGAUUAUCCUACAAUUUACAUCGCAUUGCUCUGCUAUUUAUCGACGUUAUGCCUAAGGUUGUUAAAUGAAAAAAAAAAGUAAAAAAAAUAAAAAAAAAAAAAUAAAAAAAAAAGAAUAAAAAAGUGAGAAUGAAAAAGUUUGCGAGAGAAAAAUUGAGAGAAGAAAGAGAAAGAGAGUGGGAGAAGGGAGGGGGGUCGGCGGCGGGAACGGUGGAGGGAGGAAGGGAGGGAGAGAAAAUGAUCUUUAAACAAAAAAGACAAGAUUGACGGAACUUAGGAAAAAUGACGUAGUUAUAUGAUUAAAAAAAAAAAGAAAAAAAAAAAAAAGAAAAAAAAAAGAAGAAAAGAAAAAAAAAAAGGAAAAAAAAGAAGAAAAAAAAAGUAAAGAAAUAAAAGAAGGAAAAGAAGGAAAAGAAAAAAAAAAAAAUAUGCCAAGCGAUAUUAUAUAGUAGCUGAAAGUACAGUUGAAACGUGCGCGUGCCGUGUAAAAGAUAACGAGAGAAAUUGAAAGAGAGUAUAUAGUAUAUAAGUACUUAAUGUAUAUAAGUACUUAUGCGUGCGUAUGCGUUAAUAUGUAUGGGUACUAUUAUCUGUGAGCGAGAAAUUUGAAAAUAAUAAUUUAAAUUUAAUCGCAUCUCGCGUAGGACCAUUCAAAAGAGGCUCCUCAUGUGAUUCACUCACGUGAAAGAAAGGAAAAACAUUUUCUGCGUUGAUCAAGAUUAAAUAAGAAACGUGUAUUUAAAAUGCGGCCGCUUGCUUUAUAUUUAUUCCCUCUCGAUAAAAAAAAAAUCGUAAAGCGACUAUUACGAUAAUGAUACGAGAAGAUGAUGAAGUAAUUACGUUUAAAUAAAUCGAAUUACGAAGGGUUUCGAAAGAAUUAA